AUGACACAAAAGAUCAUUGAUAACAUUGCGGCCAAGGGUGUCUCCUAUUACACGCCGGCUCAAGAGCCUCCCGCGGGUACGCAGCUAGAGGGGUCAAUCAAACUGUUCACCCCUCUCACCAUAAGAGGGGUGACGCUUCCGAAUCGUCUUUUCCUGGCCCCCCUGUGUCAGUACUCUGCUAAAAAUGGCUAUGCCACCGAUUGGCAUCUGACACAUAUUGGUGGAAUCCUUCAGCGCGGCCCAGGAAUAGCGAUCAUGGAAUCUACAGCCGUGCAGAAAGAGGGUCGCAUCACACCUCAAGAUCUUGGUCUCUAUGAAGAUGGCCAGAUUGAACCGUUGAAGCGUAUCACCGAGUUUGCGCAUAGCCAGAAUCAGAAAAUCGCUAUUCAGCUGAGCCACGCGGGUCGGAAAGCCAGUGCCGUUGCUCCCUGGCUGAGUGUCAAUGCUAUGGCUGUCAAGGAGGCUGGUGGGUGGCCCGACGAGAUUGUUGGACCAUCAGCCAUAGCCCAGGAGGAAGGUGUCAAUAGCGUCCCUAGGGCUUUGACAUUGGAGGACAUUGCGGUCUUGAAGAGUGACUUCGCAGAAGCUGCUAAAAGGGCCGUCAAAGCGAAUUUCGAUGCUAUUGAGAUCCAUUCCGCCCAUGGGUAUCUGCUGCAUCAGUUUUUGAGCCCUGUUAGCAACAAACGAACAGAUCAGUACGGAGGUAGCUUCGACAAUAGGAUCAGACUACUCUUGGAGGUCUCCGAGGCCAUCCGGGCCAACAUUCCCGACACAAUGCCUCUUCUGAUCCGCAUCAGUGCAACCGAUUGGUUCGAAUUUGACGAUGUGUUGAAGAAAGAGUUCCCCGAGAGUUGGACAGUCGAUCAGUCAAUUGAGCUCGUUUCACGUUUAGCUGACCUGGGAGUUGACUUGGUGGACGUCAGCUCGGGCGGUGUUCACGCCAAAUCCGCGAUUGCCAUUAAGCCAGGCCCUGCAUACCAGGUGCAUUUGGCGCAGACAAUCAAGAAAGCUGUGGGUGACAAGAUAUUGAUCACUGCCGUGGGUGGUAUCAAGACGGGGCCGCUGGCGGAGAAGGUGGUGCAAUCCGGCAUUGAUGCAGUCCAGGCGGGACGAUGGUUUCAAUUGAACCCGGGACUGGUCCGUGCCUUUGCUAAUGAGCUUGGAGUGAAGGUGAGGAUGGCCACGCAGAUUGACUGGAGCUUUGAAGGUCGUGGAAAAAGUCAAACCACAGCUAUUGAGUAG